UGAAGGAAAUGGGGGAUGAGAGGAGUGAUUCUGGCAAAAGUCUUAGAGCCAAAGCAGCUGUUCAUCCCCCUCAGUGGGACUGGAUGCUGGGGAGAGAGAGCUGAUGGUGACUGAGCAGCCAGAGACUGGAGGGCCCAGGAGGUGACACCUGGAGAGAGUGUCCUGGGAAGCAGAGGUGCACCCUCUUGCACUCUGAGGAUCUCUGCUCAGCUGGAGGGUCCCCAGGUCCAGUAGCUCCCCCCACAGAGGGAUCUGUGAGGAUGAGGGACUCAGGCUGGUGGUGUAGGUAUCUAGUGUCAGUGGGAGUGAUCGAGAUCAACAAGGUCACAAGAUUCUUGGUAAGUGGGGGCAGAGAUACAGUAGGAAGAAGACAAGAAAAAAGGGGCCUAUACCACUUGUCUUCCAAAAAAGAGAGCAGAAGUUGGGGGCUCAGGGUCAGUGAGGGAAAGAAUUGGUCCAGGAAGGGUACAUACAUAUCUUUUUUGAGAGUUAUUACUUCUGGUUGAGGGGAACAGCAUCCUGCAAUAUGAAACUUGGUACUAGGUGGCAGGAAAUUUAAUUUCAGAUUAGAUUUCCCAUCAGCCCUCAGUAGUAUUGUGGCCUUGAGCCAGUCACUUACCCUCUUUGUGCCUCAGCUGACUUCAUCUGUCAAAUGGCAGCAGUACUGUUCAUUCCCAGGUUAGAGAGAAAGAUUUUGCCAAGUGCCUUUCAGCUCUGCAGCCUGCUGGGUCAUUGAGUGCUGCUUGUUUGGCUCUGUCUUGAGGCUUCUCUAUCUUGCAUCUCAGCAUCCACAAUCUUCUCCCAAGUACGAAUCUCAGAAUGUCCAAUGUCUCUCUACUCCCCUCCCUUAAUAUCACCCUGCUUGGAAGCCUAAUCUCAACACAUCAGAGACACAAUUUAUUGUCGUCCUUGUACACCACUCCCCGACCCCGGCUCCUGCACUUCCUACCAAUUGCUGGUAUCCCCAUGUCACCAUCCUGGUCACUGGUUUUAGAUUUCUCAAUCAUUAUUGACUCUUUAAUCUCCUUGACACCUCAAUCCAAGUCCUUUUGUUCCUGUCUCAGUGCCCAUUUACCCCUUCCUUUUAUGGCUUUCCUAAUUUUAUCAUCCCUCUUCUGGGACAUUGUCAACAGAGCCUCCCAGCUAUUUCCUUUGUCUCCAGUCUUGGGCCUUCCUGUCAUCUGACAUUUGUUGCUGAUAGAGCUCAGGCUCAGGUUCUUGGAUGUAAGUUUGUUGUUGUAUGGGGACCAUCCAUGUGCUUUACCCCACAGAGUUGAGGUCAGGUUGGCAUUUUAUAAAGAUCUUUCUGUGUGUUGGACAGAAAGCAGACUGGAAGAUGAGCCUGGAGUUAGGGACUGUUGUAGUGGUCCAAAGGACAGUUGCUGAGGACUUGAGCUAUGUGGUGACCUAAAAUGAUAGUGAGUAGGAGGCAGAUCCGAGAAAGGCCCAAGAGAGAAAAUUGGCAGGAUUUGAUUACUGAUUCCUUGUCAUAACUAAGCAGUGAUUAGGGGGAUGGGUAAGAAUGAUUAUCAGGUUUCUAGCACAGGAGACCAGGCUGAAAGUGGUGCUACUGACUGAGACAGGGAUCAGAAUAACAGCCAACAUCAGGUUUGAGCACUUACCAUUUGUUUCUCCUUGCACUAAGGUUCAUAUGAAUUAGGAGGAGCCAAGGAGUCAGUUUAAGUAGAGAGAUGAGUUCAGAAUUGGAUUGUGGCUCAGUCAUGUCAGGAACAUAACUGGCAUGAAGGUUGCCAGGGCUUCUGGAUCAUCCAUGUGAUGGUGCUAACAUGUGAGACCUUGGAGUAAAGAGACGGGAGGAUCAUCACUGCCCAGGGAAGACACCAAGUUGGACGCUUCCUCAGCCCUCACACUGUCCUCUGUGCCCCACACUCUGGCACUGAGCCAGAAGAUUGGCUCUGGGGCAGCAGGAACCUCUUAUUUUAGGAGGUGGUGACCUUCAAGGAUGUGGCUGUGUACUUCACCCGGACAGAAUGGGCUGGCCUUUCUCCUGCACAGAGGGUCCUGUACAGGGAAGUGAUGCUGACAAAUUAUGGAAACUUGACUUCCCUAGGAUCCCCAGUCUGCAGACUUGCCCUGAUCUCACUUCUGGAGGGAGGGGAUUUGCCUUGGCUCCUGGAGGCACAGGGUGACCCACCUGUGAAGAGGACCACAGAUGUCUCAAAAGCCCCUGCCCUUCACUGAGGGAGCCCAGGUGAUGGCAGCCAUGCCCCUGGAAGCCCGGCACCAGGAGGUGGUGACCUUCGAGGACGUGGCUGUGUGCUUCACCCGGGCAGAAUGGGCUGGCCUUUCUCCCGCACAGAGGGCCUUAUACAGAAGUGUCAUGUUGGAGAAUUAUGGGAACUUGACAUCCCUGGGAUACCCAAUUCCCACACCUGCCCUGAUCUCACUUCUGGAGGGAGGGGAUUUGUCCUGGGGCCUGGAGGCACAGGAUGACCCACCUGCAGAGAGGACCACAGACAUCUGUAAAGAUACUGAGGCCAACAUUGACAGUGAGUCCACAUCAACCCAGGGAAUUUCUGAAGAAAGAGACAUGAUGUUGUCACAUGGUCUGCAGAAGAGUGUUCUUCAGAGAACCAGCUUCCUAGAAACAUGUAAGCUGGAGAAGCACCAGGAAAUCCCCACAGUGAAAAAUAUUAGAGGAAAGGUUUCAAGAAUUCACUGUGAUAGGAAACCCUUCAGAUGUCAGGAGUGUGGGAGAUGCUUCAGCUUUCUUUCUUACUAUGUUAGACACCAGAGAAUCCACACUGGGGAGAAACCCUUUGAGUGCAUUGAGUGUGGAAAAGCCUUUAAUGGCAAUUCUUCAUUAAUUCGGCAUCAGAGAAUCCACACUGGAGAGAAACCCUAUCAGUGUGAGGAGUGUGGGAGAGCCUUCAAUGAUAAUGCAAAUCUCAUCAGGCAUCAGAGAAUCCAUAGUGGGGACAGACCCUAUCUCUGUACGGAGUGUGGAAAUAGUUUCACCAGUAGUUCUGAAUUUGUGAUACAUCAGAGAAUCCACACUGGAGAGAAACCUUACGAGUGUAACGAGUGUGGAAAAGCUUUUGUUUGUAAUUCACCACUACUUCGACAUCAGAAAAUCCACACUGGAGAGAAACCCUAUGAAUGUAAUGAGUGUGGCAAAAGCUUCAGAAGGAAUUCCCAUCUUAGCCAACAUGAGCGUAUUCACACAGGGGAAAAGCCUUAUACUUGUGAAAUAUGUGGGCAAGCCUUCAAUUUUCAUACAAAAUUAACUCGGCAUCAGAGAGUCCACAGCGAGGAGAAACCCUUUGACUGUGUAGGUUGUGGAAAAGCCUUUAGUGCUAAGGAACAAUUGAAAAGGCAUCUACGAAUCCAUAUUCAGGAGUCUUCCUAUGUAUGUGGUAAGUGUGGAAAAGUCUUCACUAGGAAAAGAAAUCUUCUUCGGCAUCAAAGAAUCUAUACUAGAGAGAAACCCUAUGAGUGUGUGAAGUAUGAAAAAGCCUUCAGGACUUCUUCCCAGCCAGGUCAUGUCCAUCCUGGAGAGAAGCCUGUGCUGGACAUUUGUCGUUUUGGCCUCCCAGAAUUUUUUACCCCCUUUUACUGGUGAUAGUACACUAAAUUUCCUGUUGGAUUCCAUCUUCUGCUCAGGAGUGGAAUGUGUGACACAGGCCUGGCUCAGCUGCACAUUCCUUCCCGCAAGCCAUGGCUGUUGGUUCACAUGUCAGUAGGUGAAUCAAGAUGGUCCAUUUAGAGUCCCAGGACUUGGCAAGAGUUAACAGGAAGACAUACUCUCUUUUUUUCCCCUUGGUCUUAAAGCUGAUAGGAACUCCUGGAUUCUUGUGGAGGCUGAGAAUAGUCAGCACAGCAAAAGAGAUAGCAGAGUUGGAGAAUAAUCAAACCUUGAAGAUUCUGCUUGAACAACCACAUUAAACCAUAUCUGAACCUAGAAAUACAUCUGGGUUUUAGAAUUCCAGUAACCAAUAAAUUCGAGUUUUGUUUUUGUUUUGGUUUUUUGCUCAA